UAUGGCGUUUUGGAAGAUAAGAUAAUAAUUUCCCUGGUAUACUUGUGAGAAUGUGCACAUUAAAUUUUGAGCAUACGCCUGAUAUAGAACGGAAACAAAUGGCUCGGCAUUCGUUCGUCUUUUGCUAUUACAAUUGUACACAUUGCUUUUCCUGCUCGGAACAAUGUCAGAACAUCAUGCUGCUAUAGGGAAUAAUAUCCCAGACAAGGUUUCGGACAGGAUUACGCUGAACGAUGAUCAGCCAUAUAUCCUUGAGUCCCUGCUGUAUCCAGCAAAGUUUCCUACUGGCACAACGUAUGUUUAUUCGAUUUAUGCAUCCGGUGGGGCCAUUAAGAUGCAGUCUAAAGACUUUUCGUUUGGAGUACGUAAGGCGAAUAGAACUUUACUGGAUGGUUGCUUGGGAGAACGAAUAAACAUUUGGGAUACUAAAUUUCCGGCUACACCCAUUGCAUACGCCUGUGGAGAAGACAGAUUCGAUAUCCUAUCAUACAGUGAUUCGGUUUUCAUCGAAGCAGUUUCCGGAUCGUCUCAAGGGACCGAGAAUAAAUUCCAGUUAUGGUUAACUCGUGUGCCAUGUGGCCGGGCAACACCAGUAGCUUGUCCUUCUGAUAAGAGCAAGCUAUCAUGCAUUGCGAGGGAACAGCUAUGUGACGGUGUGGCACAGUGUCCGGAAGGCGAAGACGAAAUCUGCAGCGUGGACUGUGGCCAUCAUACGGGAAUUAUAGACAGCAACGAGAACCUACGCAUCUAUGGCGGCACUGAGGCGCAGCCAAACAGUUGGCCUUGGCAGGUACAAGUCUAUGGAUACGGCUCUUGCGGGGGAACCUUGAUAGCUCCACGCUGGGUUCUCACGGCAGCGCAUUGCGUAUCUCAAUAUGUAAAAAAUCGGACGGCGCUUCUUGAAAGCGGAAGUCUACAUGAGUUAGAAGUAUGGUUGAUGCCACACCAAUGCCACAGAGCAUCAAAUGCAACGAUUAUUAUGGUACAGAAAAUAUUCCUUCCUCCACAAUGGGAAACGCGCUCGUAUGACUCGAUGUACUACGAUGCUGCUCUUUUGCUUCUGUUUUCCGACAUCGAAUUUUCAACUGUCCAGCCAAUCUGUUUGCCACGUCCGGAUAUGGUGCUAAACAUCGGAGAUGUAUGCUACGCAGCUGGUUGCGGUCGCACCGGGACCCCGGAUGGGGCUUCUGAGCUAAUGCAGCUAGCCAUGCCCAUCAAGGAUUUUGGUUGCAGAUCCGCUCUCUGUCCAGACAGAAUUCUCGCCGGGGAAAAAGAUAGUGGCGCCGUUAAUGGAAAGAGCACUUGUUUUGGAGAUAGUGGUGGACCUUUGGCGUGUCGAAAAGGAAGAAGAGAUGGGCGCGAUCAGUGGGCCCUGUUUGGAGUUCUUUCAUAUGGGACGGGGCAAUGUGGCAAUGCACUAUCCGGUUACCAACCGGUAGUAAUGCUCCUGCAGUUCAUCACGAAUACAGUGUACUCACAAAACUUUCACGGCUGGCUCCGGAAUCGCACCGUGCCAAUGAGUUUGGCGGCUGGUCAAAUGCACCCCUCAGAUGUGGUACAGGCUUUGAACCAAAAUCCGGUGAUCCCGGUGCCAAUGCGCACGCAGGUUGCCAUGCAGUCGGCAGCAUCAAGGGAGUCUUUGCUGUUUGGAUUGAGAGUCAAAACGAAUUUUUGAGUGGAGCGCAUUUUCUACGAAACGUCCAAUUUCCAGCCCAACAUUAGCAAAAGCGACCGGCUGAAAACAUCCAACCGGCAAAAGCGACUGGCUGAAAACAGCUCCAUGGGAAAAAGUCCAGCUCGAAAACACGCCGAGAAAACCAAACCGCGCAAUCCACGUUCGAGCAAAAUUGCCUGCCUACAGGUAAAAUGUAAAAGCCGUACUUCCGCAAAGCGCCCGGCUCGAAAGGACCUUCCGGCAAUAACAAUCGCCUUCAAGGAAAAUUUCGGCAGAACCGUCUGAUUCAGAACACUCUGCAAACGCGUGCGGUCCAUAAAAAUAAUCGAUAACGAAACCGACGAACCGUCCGCCUCAGAAACACCCUGUAGUAGUUCAAGGUUGCGACGAGACCCUGUGGCUCAAAGGCAUACCCGAAGACACACUCUGCCGAAGGCGUUUAGCCCUGGCAUGCCCAAGCGAUUUCCAGUCCACCUAAACUGGGACGUGUUGUCGUUGCGUGGGUGGGGUGAUAAACAGGGUGAUAUCGCGCCACAUUCUGCAAAACAAGCUACAGAAAUUAUUCAAGAUUGCAUUGUUUAUGUUCGGGGUUGUCAGUGGCUGACGCAGAUAGUCUCUGUAUUUGCUGCCGUCACCCGCCUGGAGUAUCACCUUGCGGCAGUGCAUACGAUUAAAUUUGGCGCGGUCUGGCCAAAUUUGGCCAAUGCCAAAACGCCGGCGGAAAUUUUGUGUGGUCACAGAUACAGUGGACAGUAGUCACAGUACAGAUACAUAAGUGCGCGUAAUGGGUGCGGAACCAUCAAAUCUUUGAA